AUGGUGUAUGAAAGUAGGAGAUCAAAAAGGCACCAAGAAGAUGAUGAGAUUGAUGAUGACCUUGACCACAUAAUGGUUUUCAUGUUGGGUGAAUAUCGUAAGAGGAAGAGUGAAGAUGAACGCAAAAAGCGUCGAGGUUCAGUUUUUGGACAUGAGGUAUAUGAUCGCAGUAGAGGAGAACAUGAUUUAAAAUUAUUCAAUGACUACUUUGCUGAGCAUCCAACAUAUCCUGAGAAGUAUUUCCGACAACGCUUUCGGAUGAGUCGUCCUCUUUUCAUGCGGAUAGCUGAAGCUGUUAAACAACAUGAUCACUAUUUUGCUCAGAAAAGAAAUGCUGUCGGUGCUCUUGGGUUUUCUUGUCUUCAAAAGGUGACUGCAGCUUUUAGACAGCUUGCUUAUGGUGUUCCAGCAGAUUACGUUGACGAGUAUUUGCGGAUUGGAGAAAGCACAUCUAUCGAGAGCCUACGAAAAUUUGUCAGAGCAGUGUGUGAGGUUUUUGGACCAGAGUAUCUGAGACCACCAUAUGAAAGUGAUACAGCUAGGUUGCUUGCUAUUGGUGAACAAUGUGGAUUUCCUGGAAUGAUCGGGGAAGCCCCAACAGUUAACUAUACAAUUAACGGACACAAUUAUGACAAGGGUUACUAUUUAGCAGAUGGGAUCUAUCCUAAUUGGUCAACCUUUGUGAAAACAAUUAAGGCUCCCGCAAAUUUGAAGGACAAAAAUUAUUCAGCAGCUCAGGAGUCCCAGAGAAAAGAUGUUGAACGUGCAUUUGGUGUAUUGCAAGCUCGCUUUGCCAUUGUUCGAGGGCCAGCUAGGUUCUGGGAUAAAGCAACACUUACAGACAUCAUGAAUUCUUGCAUAAUAAUGCACAAUAUGAUAAUAGAAGAUGAACGGGACAAAUGUCGUCUUGAGGCACCUUAUGACAAGGGUGAUGCUGAGACAAGGGGCUGGAUUUCUCAUGAAGGGACUUCCAAUUUUUCAUCGUUUGUUGACAAGCACAAAGAAAUCCGAGAUCCGCACAUUCACAAUCAACUACAACGAGACCUAGUGGAACAUCUAUGGGAGCGUCAAGGUCAACGUACUAGGCCGCAAUAG